CACCUCCACCGACCGAGCGACAUGUGUUCCGUGGUUCCCGAUUAUUCUCCCGGCUUCAAGAAGCCGCCGGAGAUAUUGCGCUUGAAGAGGAAGAGGUCUCGGAGAAGCGAAAUGGUCGCGCUUCCCGGAGAGGUUUCGUCCGUGGCAACCCUCAAGGACUCGCCUGUUCCCCCUCGGCUCGGUCCGGGGGGUCGGCGGCGCAACCCCUUCACGAACGUGGGAAACACGCCUCGCCUUCUGCCGGAACCCAGCCUGGUUCAAUCAUCUGCCCAGAGACUUGCAGGAGUGGAGUGGAUAAUGGCGAAGAAUGACGUAUUCAGCAGAACCGAGAAGCAGUCUUUAAAAAGUCAUGACAAGGAUGGGUGCACAUUGAAGGAUGAGCUUUCUGAAAUAGCAACUGCUGAAACGUUGAUCAAAGACUCUUCUUUGGCCAUUUCCGAUACGGAAGUUCUUUCUUCACCAAGUUUUGAAUUUCCUGCAGACUGGAGUAUUAAAACUCGUCUGCUGGUUACUUCUUCUCAGUCAUUUGCAUGGGCAGAUCACUUAAAAGCUCAAGAAGAAUCCCAAGGAUAUAUCCAGCAUUGUAGGGCAACAUUAAUAAAUUUACCCCAAAGUAUCCAGGAGCCAAAACUUUCCACAGAACUUCGAUGUGCUUUCCAACAAAAUCUAGUAUAUUGGCUUCACCCAUUCUUCCCAUGGCUACCACUUUUUCCUCGAAUUGGCGCUGACAGAAAAAUGGUUGGAAAAAAUCAUCCUUGUGCCUUUAAUGAAGAACUCCAACAAAUGUUCAUGAAUGAAUGGUCUCUCAGUUUUACCUCUCUUUAUAACUUGUUGAGAGCCAAGUUAUGUCCCUAUUUCUAUGUUUGCACUUAUCAAUUCACUGUACUGUUCCGUGCAGCAGGACUAGCUGGAAGUGAUAUGAUCACAGCAUUAAUUUCUCCCACAACUAGAGGAUUAAGGGAAGCCAUGAAAAAUGAAGGUAUUGAAUUUGAUUUACCAUUUCAAGGAAUUAGACAAAAAAAAUUCAAUGCUGCAGCUUCUUCUUUAGAAACCGAAGUUGAAAAAGAUACUGAAAUAAUGGGCAGUGAAAUUGAAAAAGAAUUGGAAAUGAGUGGUGGUGAUGGCAGUGAUGACGACGAUGAUGAUGGAAUUUUAUGGCUGGUGGAAAUGGGAAUUGAAGACAAAAUUAAAAAACCAGACACAAUUUCUACCAAAUUCUGCAAAGAAAAAAAUGAGAUAAAAUUGGAUCACAGGCCUGAAUCUGCAGUGUUAGUAAAAGGGACAAAUACAUUCACUUUGUUGAACUUCUUGAUAAAUUGUAAAAGUUUAGUGGCUUCUGCAGGACCUCAAGCUGGCAUCCCUCCAACAUUGCUGUCCCCAGUUGUUUUUAGAGGCGCAACAAUGCAGACACUCAAGGCCCGAAGUAUAAAUGUGAGAACACAAGUCCAUUCACAUUAUAAAGAUCUAUUUAGUUUGGAGAUUGUGGGCCCUAUUAUGCCCCAUUGUCUCCAUUCUUUGUCCAUGUUACUGAAAUCUGCUCAAAAUGGAACUUUCUCAGCUACAUGUUAUACUCAUGAACCAACAGCUGUGUUUAACACAGGUAUCAGUGACAAGCAGCAUAUGAAGGAAUCUUGUAUCAAAGAACUUUCCAAUUGUGGAUUGCAUCCUAACACUUUAAGUCAACUUACUCAUAAUUCAACACUAGGAAAAUCUUCAAUACGGCUCCUAGACAUGAGUGAUUAUCUCUACACAUGGAAAACCUAAGCAACUAGAUGAUAAUUUAAAAUGGCCUAUCAAGAACACUUCCUUGUGCACAAUGAUCAAUUUUAUUCAUUAAUAGACUUUUGUAUAUAGUCCUUAUGUAACCGCUUUGUUGUUUUUCUUAAACUUGUAACAUCUGAAGUAUACAUUUUAAAUUAAAUUUUAAGAAUUUGAUGUAAUUGUGUGGAUCUAACGAAGACAGCUGGGUGAGGAAAAAAUGUUGCAAUACUCCCUUCUACUGUCCAUGGCUUUUUCCUUUAUUAUAUAUGUCACACUUCUUAAUACAAAUGCUGAGGCCUUCUUCAGAGCAUCUAUACUGCGUUAUACUAAUAGUUUUAACCAGAUUACCCUUCAGUAAAUGGCUACUAUUAAAUGGACUAGAAAGGCACCACAGCUUGCAGCAUUAUUUCAAAAAUGAAACAUAGUAAAAAUGAUAAUUUCAUAUUUUAGGCAGUACUGCCAAAAAUCUUUUGGAUGGAAAGGGUUUAAAAAAUACAUUUUUAGUUGUUACAUAUUCUUGCAGUAUCUUGAAUGAGCUGUGAACAAAACAGAUUUUUUUCUGUAAACUAGGAUGAAUGUCCAAAUAAGCAAGGCAUGUUAUGAAUAUGGACUGAAGUUAAAGUAUUCCUAAUAUUUGCAGUUCAGAGGUAGACUGAACUGGAUCAUUUAUUUUAUGUAUGUUCAUGGUCAGACUCACUCCCUAUGAAGGAAUCCAGGUUCUCAACUAGAAAAAACUACACAAUAAUUCUGUUGCUAAUGGUUGUGUACUGAUUCAGAAUUACUUGGGGGAUGUAGCAUUUAAAUCUCUUCAUUUUGAGUGGGAAACUAAUCUUUGGCUGAUUGACAUAUGGUGAUAAAUAUAGACAUGAUUUCACCUUCUGCCAUAUAAUAUCAACCUUUAAUUAAAGGUCAACUAGAAAAUAGUUCCAACUUGCUCUGUCCUUGGAAAUAUUCCCAAUCCAAAUACAUCAAUAAUAUGAUUCUUUAGGUUUUAAAAAACCUAUUAAAUUAUAUAGCCUAAAUUACUUAGUUUUUGUAUUUCAUAUUAUAACAAUUUCAAAUCACUACUAAUGACUUUUGUUUCAGUGAUCAAAAUGUACGUUAUAAUAUUCUGUUUAAGUGGCUGGUGAAUAAAAUGAAGUUAUACAGCUUUAUUUGACCAAGCGGAAUACAACAACAAUAGCAUCAUACAUCCUCAUCCAAUUAUCGCUGAAUUAUUUGCUUACUACAAAUGUGUAUAAUCAACACCAGGUAUUGUAUAUGAAAUUAAUUACAAUUUCCUGCUUUUACGAAAACAUGCAGACAUUUCAUGUUGCAAUUCUCAUGAGUUCUGAUUUACGUUCCCUUUGCAUUUGUAUGUAUUGUUCUUAUACAAUCAUUUUCAUAUGACAUUCUGAUAGAGAAAUAAUGGAUAACAUUAUCUAGCAAAGUUGUUGGAUUUUGCUUUGAUUAAAAACUAUUGAACUUUUGGGUCCAAUAAUUAUCUGAUAGUUGUAGGCUUAAAAGACUACAUAGUUUUAAAUAAGCAUAACUGAACUUUUCCAAAACUAUGGGAACUGCAUUGUGCUACAAAACUGUAAACUACUUUAUAUU